GAGUGUGGGUGUUUUUCGUUCCGUAAGGUUGCCUGCAUGAGGUAUGUCCGUCCAAGUCCUGCAAGUUGCUUGGUUGAUUAUGUAUAGAAAGUUUGAAGUUUGAUGUUGAUGGUUGUUGGGGAAUGAUAACCUUUCUUUGCCACCUCACUGCUGUCAGUCUAUAGAAGUUAUAUUUAGUAGAAAAGAAGACUUAUGACAACUUAAAGCCUGGGUUAUGAAGUCUGUGUCUACUGUUCACACAUACCACAUAAGCUUUGCCCUGACACAUUAAAUACAUUUCAUCAUGUGUAGUAAAGUAAAAGUCUCAGCAGAAUGGAAGAAGCGAGUCAAGUCUGAAUACAUGCGGUUGCGUCAGGUGAAGCGUUUCAAGCGUGCUGAUGAAGUAAAGAUUGCUUGGAAUUUGAACAGAAAGCAAAUGACAGACAUUCUCAUGGCAGAACAGAAACGAUGGACAGACGGGAAGGCAGUAUGGAUUUCAGUGCAGGAUACUCCUCUGCAUGCUGCUUGCAUGAAGAAGGCUGAGGUGGUGUGUUCUGAUGGGGAGGUGCAGAACAGUCCUGUAAAGAUUAUUAAUGCUGUCACCCCCAUCCCAACAAUGUACACAUGGGCACCCAUUCAGCAGAAUUUUAUGGUGGAGGAUGAGACAGUACUACACAACAUUCCAUACAUGGGAGAUGAAAUCCUUGACCAGGAUGGCACAUUCAUAGAAGAGCUCAUAAAGAACUACGAUGGAAAAGUGCAUGGAGACAGGGAAGCGGGGUUUAUUGAUGAUGCCAUAUUUGUUGAAUUAGUAAAUGCACUUAUGCAAUAUCAAAAUAAAGAUGAAGAAGCAAACCAGGAGAAAGGUGGUGAGAAGGAAGGGAAAGAAAAGGAGAAAUCUGUUGGUGGAGGUGUGACAUCAGGCAGUCGGGGAUGUUCAGGAGAAUCCAAGUCAGGGUCAUCAGGUGGGGCUGCUGUAGCCAAGCCAUUCCCACACACAGUGAUAUUCCAAGCCAUAUCAGCCAUGUUUCCUGAUAAAGGACGUACAGAGGAACUGCGUGAAAAAUACAUUGAACUGACUGAACGGCUGGAUCCCAAUGCACUUCCACCUGAAUGCACACCCAACAUUGAUGGUCCAGCAGCAGAAUCAGUUCCACGUGAACAGACAAUGCAUUCUUUCCACACGCUCUUCUGCCGACGGUGCUUCAAGUAUGACUGCUUCCUUCACCGUCUCCAAGUAUACCAUCCCGGACCCAGUCUGCACAAGAGGAAGGGGCCCGAUUUGAAGCCAUUCUCUGACCCUUGUGGAUCUGACUGCUAUAUGCAUUUGGAAGGGAUGAAGGAGAAACUGGCAGCCAUAGCAGAGAGGACUAAAGAAGAAAGUGAUGCUAUCAUUGAGUCGCAAGGUUCAGGCACUGGAGAACAGCAGAAGAUAAUAAACGGCUCAUCAGCCCAGCAGCGACCUAGAAAGGUGCGCAAACAGGCAUCUGUUGACUCUGGAAAUGAAGCCAGCUCUGAAGACAGCAAUGACAGUAACAAGUAUGACAAAGAGUUCAAGCGUAACCCCAGGAAGGACUGUGGAAACCCUGGACUUAAAACGGCACUUCAAGACAGUAGUGGGGGCCAGGAGCCAAUGUCUACAACAACCUCUUUCUCUCUGCUGGGUACCAUGGGUGCUGAUGAUAAUUAUGAAUGGACUGGUGCUGACCAGUCACUGUUUCGAGCCCUGCACAAAGUUUUCCUCAGCAAUUACUGUGCCAUCUCUCAAAUAAUGCUCACCAAAACGUGUCAGCAGGUUUACCAGUUUGCCCAGAAAGAAGCUGCUGACAUUCCAACAGAAGAAUCGCUGAAAGACUUCACACCACCCCGCAAGAAGAAGAAGAAGCACCGUUUGUGGUCUAUGCAUUGUCGCAAGAUCCAGCUGAAGAAGGACUCGAGUUCAAAUCAUGUAUACAACUUCACUCCAUGUGAUCAUCCCAAUCAACCUUGUGACCAGAUGUUAUGCCCAUGCAUUGGUGCGCAGAACUUCUGUGAGAAAUUCUGCCAAUGCAGCUCUGAUUGUCAGAACCGGUUUCCAGGCUGCCGGUGUAAGGCACAGUGCAACACAAAGCAAUGCCCUUGCUAUUUGGCUGUGCGGGAAUGUGACCCAGAUCUCUGCCAGACGUGUGGAGCUGAUCAGUUAUGGCACCAUCAGAUGUUGCUGGGUGGGGCAUAUUCCUAAAGGACAGCGCACAGAAGAAUGAAUUCAUAUCAGAGUAUUGUGGGGAGAUCAUCUCUCAGGAUGAGGCAGACCGAAGAGGAAAAGUGUAUGACAAGUACAUGUGUAGCUUUCUUUUCAACCUCAACAAUGACUUUGUGGUAGAUGCUACACGUAAGGGCAACAAAAUAAGGUUUGCCAACCAUUCUAUCAACCCAAAUUGCUAUGCCAAAGUGAUGAUGGUAAAUGGGGACCACCGCAUUGGUAUAUUUGCUAAACGAGCAAUCCAGCCCGGCGAAGAGCUGUUCUUUGACUACAGAUAUGGUCCAACAGAGCAGCUUAAAUUUGUUGGGAUUGAACGAGAAAUGGAGUUUCUGUGAGUGAUUUUGUGUUUAUAGGAACUUUAUGAUGAAGGCAUCAUAGGUAUGUGUUGGUUAUUUUGUAGCUUGCUAAUCAUCUGACAUAAGUACAUUUUCUACCAGUAUGCAUUAUACUUACAUUUGUUUAAUUUAAAAUAUGUAUAAUGUUCUGCUAUCUUUGGUAAUUUUGUGAAACAAAUUUGAAACAUGAGAAUAUAUUGCCAUAAAUGCACCCAUCAGUACUUUCUGUAGCUGUGACAGCGCAAAGGAAAUGCCAGACUCCUGCUCUGGGAAGAAAUAUGUUAAUUUCCUGUAAUUCUGGAAUCCAUGUUGAAAAAUGUUAUUAGAAAGAAUUAGGUGAUGUGUUGUUAUGUACCAAAUGUGAUCAUGUUCAAUGAA